AUGGUCCGCUGGCCCGUAUCAUACGGGAUAUUAUGCACAUCCGUUCACUCGUAUAAUACGGAGAUAUCUAUACAUACAAGCAACUACACAUUCCAAAAGAAACUCAACAAACUGCCCAAAGGACCUGGUUGGACUUGUGACAUAGUCACAUCAACAGGUGAUCAAAUGGAUGGAAAUGAUGAGCCACUCACUGAACAACAUGAACUUUGGCGCCGAGACCCUGUUGAGUGUGUGCGUGAGCUAAUCAGGAAUCCUGCAUUCAAGGAUUACCUUGGUUAUGUGCCAGAAAAUGUGUUUGCAGAUGCUGAAGGAAAGACACGAGUCUAUGAUGAGAUGUGGAUGGGUGACUGGUGGUGGAAUAUGCAGGAACGUCUUCCAGCUGGUGCUGUUGUCGCUCCCAUGAUCCUGGCAUCCGACAAAACAAACUUGACCCGAUUUUGUGGAGACAAAGCUGCCUGGCCGAUAUAUCUAACCAUCGGCAACAUCAAGAAAGAAAUUCAUCGUCAGCCAUCAAAACAUGCUACAGUCCUGAUAGGAUACUUACCAAUCUCGAAAAUGUCACAUUUUAAAGACGAUGAAGGAUGUCAAUUGGGACGAUAUCAACUAUUUCAUAACUGCAUGCGGUUGGCGGGGCGUUGUAGCAUCAACAUGGUCUGUGCUGACAGGAACAUCCGUCGGAUAUUUCCAAUUCUUGUGGCAUACAUCGUGGAUCACCCUGAGCAAUGUCUCAUCGCUUGCUGUAAAGAAAAUCACUGCCCUCGUUGUGUUACUCGCACAACUCUCAGACACCAUCAAAAUGGGGAGGACCCUCAUCUAUUCGAAGAUCAAGGACUUCGUGCCAUCCAUUAUCCGUUCUGGGCUUAUCUCCCGCACACUGAUAUUUUCUCAUGCAUCACUCCUGAUAUCCUCCACCAGUUACAUAAGGGAGUGUUCAAAGAUCAUGUGUUCGACAGACAGUUUCAAGUGAUGACCGAGUUCCAUGGGCUGCGCCAUUUCAAAUGGGGAAUAUUGACGCAUAAGGAAAUGCAGCGUGUCAUUUUAGGUGUUAUUGCAGGUGCUGCUGCACGUGCUUAUCAGGCACACAUGGACACAACUCUCAUGCGGAUGGCAGACGCACUGGAUGUUUUUCAUGCCAACAAGGAAGUAUUUGUUGAGCUGGGCCUUCGUGAACACUUCAACAUUCCCAAGAUCCAUUCCAUGCGCCACUAUGUCCAAUCAAUCUGUUCUUUGGGCAGCGCGGAUGGUUUCAACUCAGAAAGCCCUGAACGAUUACAUAUCGACUACGCGAAGGAUGCCUCCCAAAUGACUCACUGGCUCGAACUUCAAGAGGCCAUAUUUCGCCAUGGAAUCUACCUUGAAUGGAUCGCCUCACAAUGCAAAUGCCCACUCAACUUAGACACACUUGAGGCUGAUGAGGAGGGGGAUGAGGUUGCCAUUUUGGAUGGUGGGAGUCAUGAUUUGUUAUCAUCUCAGUUCAUUCCUUCUGGUCUGCUUGCCUCACAUGGCUACCGUGUGACCAAGAGCUGCCCUUUUUUGAAUGUGUCUGUGUCUCGUCUGCAGACUGCUUUUGGUGCCAUCGACUUCGAGUAUGAUCACUUUGACGUGUUCAAAUCUGUUCUGCUUCUGCUGCCUAAACAAAACCACAUCAGCGACCUCAAACGGUUGAAUCAGCUUCGAGCACACCCAGCUAUUCCCAACCGCGACCGUCGGAAGCCAGCUUCGCCUGCACACUUUGAUGUGGCAUUUGUCAUUGAAGAUCGCUUGCGAGUCGCACAGAUACGUGUGAUUUUUAAGUUGCUAUCUCACUAUGGUAACUUCAGUCACCCGCUCGCAUAUAUUGAAUGGUUCCGCCCACUGCGUGAGCCGGAGCCCACGACAAAGCUCUAUCGGCUUGCACAGUCAACUUGUAACCAACGUCGGUUCACAGCUGUAGCGGGCCAUCUGAUGCCCAGGUUUGGAUCAAGCAAGGUGGAAGCAUCAUUGAUCAAUGGUGAUGUGCUUGAGCUCACCAACGAUUUUUAUUUCAAUCCUUACAUUAAUUUUGACUUAUUUGAUACAAUACAGCAUUUGUCAUAA